AACGAAACGUUUAUGAUGUGACUGGAGGAAAUGAAGUCAGAACAAUUCAUAUGUGUGACGCAUGUAUAUAAAACUAUCAUUUGUCAUAGCUACAUUUCUGUUUUCAUUGCAGUAAAUUAUAAAUUUAUUUUUUUCUAUAGUAAACCAGCUGAUUUACAUUAUUCAAAGGAAUAGCAAUAUUGUGUCAGGUUGAGUUGCGGUCAUAUGAUGUGUUGUAGUAACAUAUUAGUUCCGUAUGAGGCGCUGUUACUUUCCCGGCUUCUCAUUUUCCGUUUUUCACCUCUGAUGCAUUGUUUACGUGGAAGUGAGUUUCGCUCCGUCUUCCGGGUUGUAAGAUCCUUCAGGUUGGCAUUUCGCUUACAGUGAAUCUCAGCUGCGAUGGCCGUGGUUCCUGCUCAAUCUCUCCGGGUUUCGGAUAUCCGAGACCCGACGGUUCUGUUCGAGCGGUACAACACCGAGGAGAUACGCGGCAUCGAGCGGAAAGUCCGCGCAGAGAUCGAGCACAAGAAGGAGGAACUUCGUCAGAUGGUGGGCGAGCGGUACCGCGAUUUGAUCGACGCCGCCGACACCAUCGGAGAGAUGCGUCAGUGUUCGGAGAGCGUAGUUACGUCCAUCCAGGACAUGCACCGCUAUUGCCACAAGCUGAAACAGGGAAAAGCGUUCCCCAAAGCAACAGCAAAGAAGAGGUAUGUGGCUCCACUGCAGUCCCAGGAGAAGUUCUACACCAUGGCCUCUCAGAUCAAGCUGCUGCUGGAGAUCCCAGAGAGGAUCUGGAGUUCCAUGGAGGCCUCUCAGUACCUGCAGGCCACACGGCUCUACCUGCUCUGCUGCCACCUGCACAGACAGCUCCACCUGGAGGCUGGAGGACCACAGUACAGCCCCGUCCUCGCCCGCUUCCCCAUCCUGGUCAGGCAGGUGGCUGCUGCUGGACACUUCAGGUCCACCAUUUUGCUGGACAGUAAGUGGGUCCUGCGUGGUCGGGCGGUGUCUGACCAAGCCAUCGCUGAGGCCCUAGUGUCCACCAUGCUCCUCGAGGACAGCUCUCCACGUCAGGCUCUGGCUGACUUCCUCCUGGCUAGGAAGGCCUCUAUCCAACAGCUACUCAACCAGCCACAGCAUGGUGCUGGUAUUAAGGCCCAGGUGUGUAGCCUGGUAGAGCUGCUGGUGACCACUCUGUACCAGGCCUACGCUGUCUUCUACGUAGCCCCAGAAGGGAGUCCUCGGCUGGGGGACGGAUGGCUGAGCUCCGGCCUCCUCUUCACCACUCUGGAGAACGUCACCUCCACCACACCUACAGGUAAAGGGAGGCGUGUCCUUCAGGAGGAGGUGAGUACAGGAAGCUGGUUCAAGUACCUCCCCUCUUCCAUCGCUGAGUUCCAGCCCGCGCUCAGAACCCUGGCUCAGCCAAUCCAGAGAGAGCAGCUCAGAGACACCCUACAGCAGUGGAUCAACACCUGUAAGGAGGACAUCUGUAAUGGUGUCAGCAGUCUGCUGGUCUAUGUGAACAGUCUGAAGGGCCUAGCCUCCAUCAGAGAUGCUGUGUGGGACCUCCUCUCCACCGACUCCAUCAGUCAACACUGGAGCUUCAUCUGCCAGCGGCUGUUAGAGCGCCCCCUAGCGCUGUGGGAGGACUUCCUACAGCAGCUCUUCCUCCAACGCCUGCAGGCGAUCACCCAGGAGGGUACAGAGACUAUCUCCACCAGCUGCAGACAGCUCCUCUCCUCUGCCCUUCGAGAUCUAGAGGGCCAUCCCACCCCUCCAGGCCCCGGUGCUCUCUACGAGGCAGACGUGGCCUCCUUCCUGUGGUCCGAGGCCCAGGGGGAUCUACUGAGCGACGCGGCCUGGGUCAGUGUAUCCCAACGGGGGCCACAGCACCGGAGCGGCCUGGCCAUGAAGACUCAGGCCCUGACACCCUGUGUCCAGAUCUUCUGUUCAUCACUGGAUGCUGCUCUCAGAGACAGACUGGAUGACCUGCAGCACUACCUGCCCUCUGGUAACACAGGCCUCGGCUCUGGGUCCAGUUCUGGUUCCGGUACCGUCUCAUCAUUCGACCGGUUCACAGACGCCGUGGCGGUAGAAGAGACCCUACGUGAACGCUGUCUGGCAUGCGUACGUGACAUCAUCACCUGCGUGCGCUCUAAACUGGAGGCGGCCUCACCUGUUGGCUCCUCCCCCGGCCCAGCCCGUCUCAGCUCGGUGCUCUUCAUGGCCCGCCUCUGUCAGUCCCUCAGCAAGCUCUGCCCCAACCUCAGGCAGUGCAUCCUGGGUAAACAGGGCUGUGCUGCAGCUGACCCUGUUACCAAGGGAACACCCCGCCAAAGCAGGAAGUUGGGGAAGGCGGCUGCCAAGGCGACAGAGGUUAGCCCCGCCCAGGCCAAGUGGGCGUGUCUGAAAGAGGAUCUUCUGGUUGUCAGUAUGGAAGCAUAUCGGAUAUGGAGCUCCGCCCUCUCUAAGGCGCUGGUGGGUCGGUUUGCGACCUCGCUGCACGCAGAGUCUGCCGGGGAUCUAGCAAACGCCACCAACUGGGAGGAGCUAGAGAUCCAGGAAGAGGCGGAGUCAGGGAGCAGCGUCACCUCCAGGAUCAGACUUCCCGUCCAGCCGUCGUGGUUUGUCCAGUCUCUGCUGUUCCACCUGUGUCUGGAGGUGAAUGGUGUAGGGGGUCAUGCUGUGCCCCGCCCCACCCUACAGGAAUUACUACAAGGCUGUAUGGACCUGGUGCUGCACCAGUACCAGAACCUCAUACACACAGCGCAGGACAAGGACUGUCUGUUCCCUAUGACUCAGAACAGGUCUCUACAGCUGUUAUUUGACCUGAGAUAUCUCACUGCUACCCUGGGUACCAAACUAGAGGAUGGCAGGGGCUUCCGCUCUCAACAAGACCCCAGGGUCCAGCAGGUGUGUGAUUCGCUGGAGAGCUCCAUUGAUCCCUUUGACCUGGAUGUGUUCAUGCCGCCAUUCAACAGCAACCUCAACCGCCUAUCACAGAGGAGUUCGGUGUUGUUGGGGUUGUUGACGGGGACAGAGAAGCAGUUUGUUUCCCGUGGUAACAGCGCAGCCUCUCAGGAACCCUACAACAUCCUGCCGCUGGCCAGCACCCAGAUCAGGUUUGGGCUGUUACCUCUGAGCAUGACCAACUCCCGUAAAACCAAGUCCUCCACACAGGGAACUGACAUCACACGCCCACUGGCCUCACCCACCUGUAAACCCGCCCAUGACGACACCUUCCGCCCUGGCAACCUGUUCAGACAGCUAGCCAAUCAGGAGGAGGAGCCCGUGGCGCCACCGUCGCUAUUCAAGCUGGGCUGGCUCUCUGGCAUGUAGUGCACUACUUUUCUCUCUAUUCCCACUAUGUAGUGCACUACUUUUGACAAGGACCUAUGGGAACUAUUCCCACUAUAUAGGGAAUAGGGUGCCAUUUAACACUGAACCCAAAUAAGGAGUGUGACUGUUUGUAUUCUUUAAACACCUUGUACUGUACAGAGACUGUUAGAAGAUAUGAAUCAAUAUUACAGUUUGAACAGAUUAUUCAUGA